UCCAGGUCCAUACCCUGACAUCGUUCCAUUUCGCUUUCUUCUCUCUCUCUAACUCCAUUGUCGAAUUUGCUGGAGUUCUGUCGCGAUGUCCGCCAUCGAGGAGGCUCCCAAGCCGGCCGAGAUAGAAAUCCCCAUUAUUUUCAAGGAGAAGAAGCCCCGAGCCCCGAAGGUCCCCAAGGAGAAGAAGGCCAAGGUCUCCAAGCCCUCCUCCCCGUCCCAUCCCCCUUAUUUCCAGAUGAUCAAAGAAGCGCUUCUGGCGUUGAACGAGAAGACUGGGUCGAGUCCCUACGCUAUCGCCAAGUUCAUGGACAAGAAGCACAAGGGGGUGCUCCCGGCGAACUACAAGAAGAUGCUGGCUAUCCAGUUGAAGAACUUCGCGGCCAAGGGGAAGCUCGUGAAGGUUAAGGCCUCGUUCAAGUUGUCGGAGGCCGGGAAGAAGGAGGAGAGGCCUGCCAAGGCGCAGAAGCCCAAGGAGGCGUCUUCUGGUGCUACCAAGCGCAAGGCGCCCUCCACCGUCCCUGCGGCAAAGAGGAAGAAGCCUGCGGCCUCUUCCAAAGCCCCCAAGAAGGCAGCGGGAGUGAAGAAGGCGAAGAAGGCGGCACCUGCGAAGCCCAAGCAACCAAAAUCCAUUAAGUCCCCUGCUCCCAAGAAGGCUAGGAAGACCGUUGCCUGAUGCUGUUAGGUUUUGAUAGACUGUAAAAAUUUCGGACUUAAAUUUUCCUGUUGUCGGACUUUGUAAAUUUCGUCUGCUAUACAUCUUUUUCCCUGAUGAAUGAAAUAGAAGCAGCAGCGCUUUCCUUUCUC